AUGCAGGCCCUCCGACAGCGAGCGGCUUGCGCCGCGCGACGAGUGCGGCCAACCACCUCCGUCAAGAACCCCCGAACCGUGCGAACAUACGUAUCCGAGAGCCACGACCAUCACCACCACGAAGCUCCCAAGGUCGAGGAGAAAUUGGGCACCGCAUUCUAUGUCUUCGCCGGUGCCGUCCCAGCAGCCAUACUCGGCUACUCCAUCUCCCGUCCGGGUGCGAAUGGCGAGCCAUCAAGCCUGGCGAACUUUAUGCGCGGCUUCGACUACUUCGCCGAGGACGAGGCGCGCAACACGAUACGAACCCAGAUGCUGGAGCAGGCCGCCCACGACAAGCACCUGUUCAACUACGCCGGGCAGAACUCCGCCUACAUUGAUCUCAAAACUCCUGAAUUGAUCGGACAAGGUUCCCCAUGGGCUGUGCCUGCCGGCCACGUGCCUAACCUCGACCACGUUACCGAGCACUAUAGAAAACAGUUCCACGCCGAGGAGGAACGGAAGAUGAAGAAACUUGCGGCGAAGGCA